AGGAAGCCAGGUUGUUUACCACUUUACUGAUGUUUGCGAUCAGCCCGGAUCUCCCUUCCAGGGGUGAUGAGACAUCGGCUGCCGCCGGACAGGGCUUGACUAAAUUAGCAGGGUACCACCUGCCUUCGGUUUUCUCUCAUCCAGGAGGGAGCGCACUGAAAUGCAACAGAAGCGGUUGCUGUGAAAGAGAUUUGCAGGACAAGUGAGAUGGAUACACCAAUGGAUGGGCUCAAGACUGUGGUCCAAGGCGUGGGGACCACAACCUACGACUAUAACUGGGCACUGCCAUGUGAAAAAGUCAGGAUCAAAGAUCUGGGGGCCAAGUUCCUGCCUCCACUCUAUUCCCUGGUGUUCAUCGUUGGCCUCUUGGGCAACAUCAUGGUGGUGGUGAUCCUCACGAAAUACAAGAGGCUCAGAAUCAUGACCAACAUCUACCUGUUCAACUUGGCGAUUUCGGACUUGCUCUUUCUCUUCACCCUCCCAUUCUGGAUUCACUACGUUAGGUGGAACGAGUGGGUGUUUGACAGUCACAUGUGCAAGCUCCUCUCAGGACUGUAUGCCCUGGGCAUGUACAGCGAGAUCUUCUUCAUCAUCCUGCUGACGAUGGACAGGUACCUGGCCAUCGUCCACGCCGUGUUUGCCCUUCGAGCCCGGACAGUCACCUUUGGCGUCAUCACCAGCAUUGUCACCUGGGCCCUUGCAGGGCUGGCGGCCCUCCCCGAGUUUAUCUUCCAUGAGUUCCAAAGGGAGCCCGAGGAGGCUGUGUGCAGCCCCGUGUACCCAGAGGAUGAGGAAGACAGCUGGAAGCGUUUCCACGCCCUGAGGAUGAAUAUCCUGGGCCUCGCUCUGCCUCUGCUCAUCAUGACCAUCUGCUACACCGGAAUCAUCAAAACGCUGCUCAGGUGCCCCAACAAAACAAAGUACAAAGCCAUCCGGCUCAUUUUUGUCAUCAUGGUGGUCUUUUUCAUUUUCUGGGCACCUUACAACCUGGUUCUUUUUCUUUCUGCUUUUCAAGCGAUCUUCCUGGAGAGCAGCUGUGAGAGCAGCAAGCAGUUGGACCUGGCCAGGCAGGUGACAGAGGUGAUCACCCACACCCACUGCUGCGUCAACCCCAUCAUCUAUGCCUUCGUAGGCGAGAAAUUCCAGAAGUACCUGCACCACUUUUUCCACCGGCAUGUGGCCAUCUACCUGGGCAAAUACAUCCCGUUCCUUCCUAGCGAGAAACUGGAAAGAGCCAGUUCCAUCUCCCCAUCCUCGGGGGACCCAGAGCUCUCCGUGGUGUUUUAGAUCAGAUGCAGUAAAUUGCCUAAAGAAGAUGAGCCGGCCGGGUAAGCAAACACGUGACCUCCGCCACGCUGAGCCCUACACCAAUCCUUGGAAGCUUGGAUGUGACUGAGGCUCUUGAAGUUGUAACAAUGUUCACACAGACACCAUGGCGGCAGUACACACGCUCACCCCAAAGUCAUUACCAAUAGCAAGCUUUGCUUGAUUCUUGAAGAGUUACACACAUUUUAAUGCACCUGCAUGUUAGUUAUUGUAUGCAGCUAUAAACAGCUAGAACUUUUUAUAUUUUACGUCUCGACUGCAGCCAGCAUCCUUUUUGGGGGAGGAUGUGAGUAAAUAUUCUCAAGCAACACAGCGGCAUGCCACACCCAUUUUAAAUAGUCUUAAUUGUCAAUGGAUUUGCUGUUUGGGUCAAAUUGUGGGGAGCAACUGAGACUAGACUAAAUUACUGGAACUGCUAGGACUAAUUUUAUGCAUCUGAUCUCCCACAAUAUGGCACUGAGCGACAGCAAACAACUUCUACACAGCUGCCUCACCAGUUUGACUGAUAAGCUGCAGGAGCUGAUCCUGCUCCUGAUUGGAGGAGAGCAGCGUGCUCGGCGUGUGGGUAGCAGAGCAUGGAUUGGUGGAGGAGGACUAUAAAGGAGGAAAGAGACCGCAUGCACCGGGGAAUAUCUGAGGAACAUCUGAGCAGCCCCUGAGAGAGCUGGCCGGCGGUGUGCCACUCCUCCGCGGAAGCAGGGAAAGCGGUGGGGGUGCCGCCCCUCCGGGGGUGGGGGGGGCUGGCAGCUAACCUGGGACGGCGUCGUUCCUCCGCGAGUGAGGGAACGGCAGCAAACCCGGGAAGGGCCGGGCAAAGAGAACAGUGCAGGGUCCAGUGUCGUUCCUCCGCAAAUGGGGGAGCGACAUCAAAUGACUGAGUUUCCCAUGAGUGACUCAAAGCCCUCUGACAGGUGCCCACCACCACUCUAGUGCCCCGUGGCAGAGGAGCCCAGCGUCUCUGGUACACAAGUUCCCCGGGUCUGGGAAGGGGAAGUGUUGAGCCCACGAGAACUCCACAGCUCUGGCCCAGUGGCCCUCAAAACGUGCCAUCAGAAGCAUCCGGAGGGCACAGGAGACACAGAUGGCCGGGCCCCAUCCCAGAGUCUCUGACUCAGCGGAUCUGAAAUGAGACCCAGGAAUUUGCAAAACUAGUCGGGUCCCAGGUGACGCCAAGGCCACUUGUCAUCCUAGGACCACAGGUGGAAAAAUUGCUCCGGCUGAAAGGUUUCUGGCGAGCACAGAGUUCCCCUUAAAAUGAAGGAUUUCACAAGGUCAGAGAGAAAAACGCCAAAGGCCCCCUCGGUCUAGACUGUGCUAAGGACACUCACGAUCCUAGGCAGCUUAUAAAUGAUGCCAGUCCACACAAAACCAACGGGAACUUCCUGUCCAUCAUUUAGUUCAGUGGUGCUUUCCUUUUUUCUUUUUAAAGAUCUAUUUUUUUUAUUUGAAAGGCAGAGUUACAGAGAUAGACCUUCAGUCCUCUGGUUCACUCCCCAAAUGUCCACAACGGCCAGAGCUGGGCUGAUCUGAGGCCAGGAGUCAGGAGCUUCAUCUGGGUCUCCCACAUGGGUGCAGGGGCCCAAGGACUUGGGCCAUCUUCCACUGCUUUCCCAGGUACAUUAGUAGGGUGCUGGAUCAGAAAAGGAGCAGUUGGGACUCGAACCGGCAUCCAUAGGAGAUGCAGCACUGCAGGCGGCAUCUUAACCUGUUAUGCCACAGCGCCAGCCCCUCAGCGGAGCUUUUCUUGAUAGCAUGUGUCUAAUGCCUGCACCAGAAGCUAUGGGAGACAGAAAGGGUGUGAGCUUCACCCUUAGCAGAAAAAGACACAGCCUCUGAUCUAAACGCAUCCCCGCUUCUCCUGCUCCUUGUGGCUAGCCUCCUCCAAGCUUCUACUGAACUCCUGCCACUCAGUAUAUCACGCGUGAAAGUGUGGUGUGAGCCCAGCCAGCCAUUCAGCCAACAGCAGACAGGACGCACAGACACUGCUUCAGUUUAAGUGAAGGAUGCAAAACUCCUAAGACACACACAAUGCUCACCCCCAUGGAGCCAUUGGCUAGACGAGAUGCAUAGAUAGUUUUGGUGCAAAGAGGUAAACGUCCAAUGUCAUGCCUGUGUCAGGAAGGCAAACCAAGGAAGGAACCCAAGGGAGGAAGACUUCAUGGAGGAAGUGGCUUUUGAGCAGGUAUGUGAAGGAGGGCCAGCAUUUACAAAAGAGAGAAUUUGGGGAAAGUCACCUGAAGCCUUGGGAAUGCUCAGUCCAAAGGUUCGAGGCACACACACUUGUGGAGUGUGGGCGGGGCCGACAGGUAGGGAUGGGGCACCCAGUUCAGGCGAAGGCUCUUUGGCUCUGUUGGGAAGGCAAGGGGAGCUGUUGAAGACUUUGAAGCAAGGGAGUGACACAAACGUCACGGCGUGUUAGGAAGACAGAUCCGGGGACACACUCAGCAUGGAGUGGAGGCCGCGGAACCAGGCAGAGAAAUAAGAUAGGGGGUGGGAGCCAGCACAGAGGCCAGAAAAGAUCAGUGGAAAGAUCAAAGAACCCGAAGGGAAUUAGAUCAGGAGACAGCAAGAAGGAAGCAUCAAAGUGUUGGGCUGAUAAAUGGUUGAUCAUACACAUCCAAUGGCAAUAUGGAGCACAUCAUAUGUUAGAAACCGACACACACACACUCAUGCACACUUUUCUUUGUACUUAGAUAUCCAGACCAUCUCCUAAAGGACACAGGAGAAAUCAGCAGGAAGGGUUGUAGGAAGAGAUGUGGGUGGAAGAACUGGAGAAGGCGAAUGACCUGUUGUGCCCUUGGGAUUUUGUUAUCCAUUGGAAAAUUAAAGAAAACGUCAGAAAGAGAUCUCUAAGUCUGAAAGGCAAGGUUCCUUCUGACAUUCGGCAUAGGCAUGCAUCCCACCAGCCAUCAGGACAUGGAGGCGUCUUGCCAUGAAUGAACUCUGCAAGCUGCCACAAAGCAUUUGGCCCUUUCUUCACCCAUAUAAUGAAGAGGUUGGAUUCAAGCAUCUCUAAGCCACUUGGUAGCCCCCAGUGGAUUCUGAUAUUGCUAAAACAUUAGGAUCUGGAGGCUCAGGAUCUCCAAAAGGGAUUGUAAAAGGCAAGCAGAAGAGGAGUGGGGGACAAUCUCAUGGCACGACCUCCCCUUGGCUGGGGGAUCUGGGGCAUUUCCCAUCAUCCCUUGUACAUUCAUCUGGUGGUUUUUGCUCAUUGGUUCAUUUGCUGAGCCCCUGCAAUGUUCUUAGCUAAGUUCUCAGCUAAGGAAGCAACAGUGGACACACCAUGGACCCUGCCCUCGGGAGCUCACCAUCACCCUGUCUCCUCUCUGCCAGAGCUCAAAAUCAGGUCUUAGAAUGGAAUUGCCAAUGCUUCGAUCCAACCCAAAUGAGAGGAAUUUCCACGUUAAGACUAGAAAGUGUUCUUCACUUCCAAUCAAACACUCAGAGAAGGGUGUGCAUGCCCUUGGCCAUCCACCCCAUCAUCCUCAGCCUCUGACCCGUAGCCUUGACUUUCAGACCAUCAUGUCUACCUGAAAACUCUACACGGGCAACACAAGAUGUGAACUCGAAGCACUCUAAGUCAUGCAAUAGCAACUUCAAUUUGGCUAGCAAACUUUGAAAUACUUUUUCUCUGUUUUUGUGGUUCAGCUAAAAUGUAAAUAAAGCAAUCAUUU